AUGGCUGAGUUGUUCUCGGCUGCCCUGGACAACGACAUCCUGAAGGAGUUCCAGCAUCAGGGCGACCACGACAACCUCAACUCCUGGAUCGCUGCCGUCGGCAACCUGGAUGGCCAGCGCGUCGACUCCCUCCAGGCCCUGACCGAGACGUGCGAACGGUACAAGGCGCGGGCUGUUGAAAUUGGUCUCUCCAACGGCCGUCGCGCAUUUGCAUCUUGGGUAUCUCGUAUAUGGAAGCAGUCGCCUGGCCUGGCCCUUCGGCAUGUCAAACCGACGACCCAGCCACGGCCCGAACACUUCGACCAGCAGGGCAAAACCUACGCGAUGCCGCAUGUGGUCAUGGAUAAGAGGGCAAACUACUGGGAAGGAGAAUGGGCUGCCAGCGGCGUCAACCCCGAGCGCAUCCUCGAGGGCCUGAAUUACGUGGAGGCCCGCGCCAGAGAGGAGGAUGCAGAGCCCAUCGAGCUGGAGGCCCUCGGCAUAGUCCUCGCCAGGCAGAGCCCUCGAAAAUCACGUGGCGCGGACAACCCUGGUCCGAUCGAG